AUGCGUGCCCUCUUCGUCUAUUGUCUCAGUCUUUCUGCUUCAGUUUGGGCUCAGUCGAGCACUGUCGAUGCCUAUGUCGCCUCAGAGUCUCCUAUCGCCAAGGCGGGGGUAUUGGCGAAUAUCGGACCCAGCGGUUCCAAGUCAUCGGGAGCAAGGACAGGCGUUGUUAUUGCCAGUCCCAGCAACUCCAACCCUGACUACUUGUAUACCUGGACCAGAGAUUCGUCGUUGGUUUUUCAAGCUCUAAUUGACCAAUACACUCUCGGACUGGACACGACUUUGCGCACACAAAUUGACAAUUUUGUCUCUUCGCAAGCCAUUGUUCAGCAAGUGUCCAACCCAAGCGGUACAGUCUCGAGUGGCGGCCUCGGCGAGCCCAAGUUUAACAUUGAUCUGAGUGCUUUCACGGGCGGCUGGGGAAGACCACAGAGAGGCGGACCCGCACUUCGCGCCACCGCCUUGAUCACAUACGCUAAUUGGCUUAUCGCUAACGGCAAUACUUCCUACGUGACCAGCACUCUUUGGCCUAUCAUCGAGCUUGACCUAGGAUACGUCGUCACAUACUGGAACCAAACGGGCUUUGAUUUGUGGGAAGAAGUUUCUUCUUCGUCCUUCUUUACCACUGCUGUCCAACACCGCUCCCUACGGGAAGGCGCCACGCUUGCUGCGGCCCUCGGGGAUACCGCCCUUGCUACCCAAUACACCGCACAAGCAGCCAAUACUCUAUGUUUCUUACAGUCGUACUGGAAUCCCACCGGUCUUUAUAUGACAGCCAACACCGGUGGAGGUCGUUCUGGAAAAGAUGCAAACCCUGCUUUAGCCUCCAUUCACACCUUUGAUGCAGCCGCUGGAUGUGAUGCUGUGACUUUCCAACUACCGUGGCAACACUAUUUCCAACCGUGCUCUGACAAAGCAUUAGCCAGUCUGAAAGUUUAUGUCGACGCUUUCAGGUCUAUCUACACCAUCAACAGCGGUAUUGCCUCAAAUGCUGCUGUAGCUACGGGCAGGUAUCCGGAGGAUUCGUACCAGGGAGGAAACCCUUGGUAUUUGACAACGGCGGCAGUUGCUGAACAACUCUACGAUGCGAUAAUCGUUUGGAAGCAGACAGGAUCCAUCGAGGUUACCUCUACGUCUCUGGCCUUCUUCACUCAAUUCUCUUCUUCGAUCACGACAGGCGUGUAUGACUCGUCCACUACGACAUACAGCGACUUGCUGGCCGCGGUUCAAACGUUUGCUGACGGAUUCUUGGCUAUCAAUGCGAAAUAUACGCCUUCGGGUGGAGGGCUGGCGGAGCAGUACAGCAGGAACACCGGGUCGCCUUUGAGUCCUGCUGACUUGACAUGGAGCUACGCGGCAACGUUGACGGCGCUUGGGGCGAGGGCGGGUGUGGUGCCUGCUUCAUGGGGCGCGAGUGGGCUGACGGUGCCUUCCUCUUGUUCCACCAGUUCGGGUGGCGGUGGCGGGAGCACAGUGAGUAUUACAUUCAACGAACUUGCCACGACGGUUUGGGGAGAAAAUAUCUACUUGACCGGGUCAAUCGGCGCUCUGCAGAACUGGUCUCCGGAUACCGCGCUUUUGUUGAAUACAGAUAAUUACCCUACUUGGAGCAUCACACUCAAUCUUCCGACGUCAACCACUUUCCAGUACAAGUACAUUCGCAAGUUCAAUGGUGCUGUAACCUGGGAGUCUGACCCGAACAGACAAUUCACCACGCCGGCUUCUGGAAACGCGAUCAUUAACGACUCGUGGCGUUGA